AUGACGUUCCCUUCCCCCCUCACCGUGCCCAACUGGCGCCGUUCUCCCGCUUCGAGCACCACCACAACACCCUCUGGAUCCCCCGACGACCGCCUCAACGCCCUCCUCGAGCACUGCGAGAGCGGAACGCACUCCUUCCAGCGCGAACGUGAAGAGCUCGCCAAGGCCAACGCUGCCGCUCAGGCUGCGACGAAACAGCAGCAACAAGAGCCUGCCCAGCAGCCGAAACGCGGCCCGCUCAUGUCCCUCCUCAGCCUCACGCGGCCGCGGGAAGAGUCCCACUUCGACCCGUCCAAGAACCCCAAGCUGCACCAUCUCAUCUAA